UUUGUGUGCUUGGGAAAGUACACGUAUAGUAUGCUCGUAUUUAUGGUUUGCUGCGGUAGUUGGCGCUGCGCUGCGCUGUUUUAGUCGACGCGCUGCUUGUUAAAUUUUAAAUAGGUAGGUCUACGUACUCUGGCAAUGGCACUUUAAAAGCUUUAAAGCUUGCGAGAGAAGACGAACGAGUUGUGUACCUUUGAACGUGUAGGUAUUUCGGCUUUCGAAGAUGGUAAAUUGUCGCGUUAUACUAGCUCGAUGUGUACUCGAUGGAGAACAGAAAAAAAAAAUAGUGAAAAAUUGUCGAAUUAAUUCGUCUAUUUGCGGUUGAUUGAUUAAUGUCGGCGAGAGGCGAUGAUUGGCCGAUUCUGUUGUGUAUUCGAUUCGCAGAUGCGCAAAAUCCAUCCGAGAGUAUAUUGAUAUUCGUAUUCGCGUUCUUGUACGUUCGCAGUUUCUCGUUGUCUAUGUUUUCUUUCCGCCCGCUAUUUAAGUUCACCGGCACUCUGGCACCGUUUCACACUUUCAAGCUGCUUUCCACUUUUAAUGAUAUUUGGCCGUAUUCUAGUGGACUAGGUUUACACGAUAAGGGAUAAACGCCGCCGCCGCUUUUCUCGCUUUUGGUCAUCGGUUUUUUUUUUCACUCUACUACCCAUCAAUUUUUUUUUCUUUUACUAUAAUCCAUUUUCUCGUGUUAUGUAUUCGCAUAUGGUUCACCUGACGAUAGUUUUAGUUCAUACGGGAUCGGCUCAUCCUUAUCGGUCUUCGUGUUAAUUUGCAUCCGAAAGACAAUCAUCUGUAACAUUUAGCCGCGCCAAAUGUUGGAAUUACACCGCGACGACUUGUUGAACAAGCGGAAAUUCUACGCCAAAUGGUAUUUCUCAGAUAACAUCAACUCAGCACAUAUACUAACCCAAAGGAGCUGAAAUGACCGCCCCGGGUAUGGCCCUCGCCAGCAGAGAGGACAGCAGCUAUUACGAUAACGAAUCUUCGUACGUUACGUUGAGCCCGACCGCGGCCGGACCUGAAUCCAGAUUAAGUCUGGUUAGCGCUGGAGGAGGUGCCCCAAACCCAGGUUCUAAUAACGUUAACUCGAACAACGACGGGGCCAAUAAUGCAGCCGCCGCUGGUAGCAGUAGUCUUAGAAACAUGGCGUUGGCGCAACAGGCUCAAACAAAAGCGCCCAUCAAAAGGCCCGUCCGCAGGGGUAUCAAGCAGCCGCCGGAUAGACCUCAAAGAGCUCUUUUUUUAUUCACGCUGAAAAAUCCUAUACGUAAAAUUUGUAUCAGUAUUGUCGAAUGGAAACCUUUUGAAUAUUUAAUAUUGUUAACUAUUUUUGCGAAUUGCGUUGCGCUGGCUGUCUACACGCCGUAUCCUCAAUUAGAUUCGGAUGACACUAAUAGUAUUCUAGAUUCGAUAGAGUCGGUAUUUUUAGUCAUAUUUACAUUUGAAUGCGUUAUGAAAAUAUUAGCCUACGGUUUCGUCGCUCAUCCUGGCGCAUAUCUGAGAAACGGAUGGAAUUUGCUGGAUUUUACCAUCGUCGUUAUUGGUUUGGUUACCGCCAUCUUAGCUGCGCUCAAUUUAGAAGGAAUAGAUGUCAAAGCAUUACGAGCUUUUCGUGUCCUGAGACCUUUGAGAUUAGUCUCCGGAGUACCAAGUUUACAGGUCGUAUUAAAUUCGAUUCUUCGAGCUAUGGUUCCUUUGUUGCAUAUUGCUCUGCUGGUUCUGUUUGUCAUCAUUAUAUACGCCAUUAUUGGGCUAGAAUUGUUUUCUGGAAAAUUACACAAGACCUGUUUCGAUAACAAUACAGGUGAGAUGAUGGAAGAGCCUCAUCCUUGUGCGCCUAAAGAGCCAGGUUUCAUGUGUUCGUCGCUUAACCUCGAGAACGAAAAAGCCAAUUACAUAUGUUGUGAUUACUGGGAAGGACCUAAUUUCGGCAUCACGAAUUUUGAUAACUUUGGAUUAGCCAUGUUGACCGUAUUUCAGUGUAUAACGUUGGAAGGAUGGACUGAUGUUUUAUACAAUAUCCAAGACGCUUCGGGGAGCACGUGGCAGUGGAGUUACUUCAUUUCUUUAGUAAUACUCGGAGCCUUUUUCGUCAUGAACUUGAUUCUUGGUGUUUUGAGCGGAGAAUUUUCCAAAGAAAGAGAAAAGGCCAAAGCUAGAGGAGACUUUCAAAAAUUACGAGAGAAACAGCAAAUUGAGGAAGACCUGAGGGGAUAUCUUGACUGGAUAACUCAAGCAGAAGAUAUAGAUCCCGAAGGAGAUGAAAAUGGGCAUGGUCAAGAUGGUACUAAUGAAUUUCCAUUACAAUCCAUACAGAUUAUGAUGAAUAUCUUUCUAAAUGAUUUUUUUCGUUUGAUAGAUUUAUCAAAAAAUGAAGCAGAUCUUUUGGAAAUAGAAGGAGAAGAUAACGAAUUAGUGGAUCCGUGGUGGAAAAAGAAAAAGAAGGAAAUUGGAAGAACAAACCGAAGAAUGAGAAGAGCAUGUCGAAAGGCUGUCAAAUCUCAGGCGUUUUAUUGGCUCAUUAUUUUGUUGGUUUUCUUGAAUACUGGUGUCUUGGCUACUGAACAUUAUUUGCAGCCUGAAUGGUUGGGAGAUUUCCAAGAAAUUAGCAAUCACGUUUUUGUAUCAAUUUUUACGUUCGAAAUGUUACUAAAAAUGUACAGUUUAGGAAUACAGGGCUACUUCGUAUCAUUAUUCAAUCGAUUCGAUUGCUUCGUUGUAAUCGGCAGCAUUACCGAGAGCGUGCUCACUUCAACCAAAGUCAUGCCAGACUUGGGUAUCUCGGUGUUACGUUGUGUUCGUCUCCUUAGAGUUUUUAAAGUUACCAAAUAUUGGAGAUCAUUAUCAAAUUUAGUUGCUUCUUUACUAAAUUCAAUUCAAUCGAUUGCAUCUCUUUUGCUGCUGCUGUUUCUGUUUAUUGUUAUAUUUUCGUUGCUUGGGAUGCAAGUUUUCGGCGGAAAGUUUAACUACAGUGGAACUGCGAUGAAACCGCGUCAAAAUUUUGAUACAUUUUGGCAAAGUUUGCUCACUGUUUUUCAGAUUCUUACCGGUGAAGAUUGGAAUGCGGUUAUGUAUACGGGUAUUUUAUCUUUUGGCGGGGUCUCUGGUUUGGGAGCGUUCGCCUGCGUUUAUUUUAUCAUACUUUUCAUCUGUGGUAAUUACAUUUUAUUAAACGUUUUCUUGGCUAUUGCUGUGGAUAACUUGGCAGAUGCUGAAUCAUUAUCAGCAGUUGAGAAAGAAAAUGAAGAAGAAGAAGAGAAUGGAAACGAACAAAAGGACAAAAGUCGCGAAGGAUCAGAUAUGGGAGAUGAUGAAUACUCAGAUAGAGCUUUGAAACUUGGCAGUGGUGAAAAUUCCGAAGAAAACAGCCUCGGAUCGAGCAAAGACGAGGAUGAGUUUCACUCUCAAUCAGAUUAUAAAAUUCAAGUCGAUGAUCAGGAUUAUAACAGCACAAUUGAGGAAGAAAACGAAGAAAUUCUUGAUAUCGAUGGACAAGUCACAGCUAGACCCAGACGUCUUUCAGAGUUCAAGAUCGCCAUGAAGGAAAUUCCAAUCCCUCAAGCAUCGUCGUUUUUCGUUUUUUCAUCAACUAAUUGGUUCCGAAUCUUAUGCCAUAAAAUUAUCAAUCAUAGUUAUUUCACUAAUACCAUAUUGGUAUGUAUUUUGGUUUCAUCCGCUCUAUUAGCUGCCGAAGAUCCUACUGGAAAAGAUAAAUCAAGAACUGAGAUAUUGGCCUGGUUUGAUAACUUUUUCACUUUAGUUUUUACCAUUGAAAUUUUCCUCAAAAUGAUUACAUACGGACUUGUUCUUCACGAUGGUGCUUUUUGUAGAUCAGCCUUCAAUUUACUCGAUCUUCUUGUCGUUUGCGCUUCGAUAAUUUCCAUUGUACAGAAAUAUUUCUUAACUAACAUCAAAGGUGGUUUUUCAUACGUGAAAAUUCUUCGUGUGCUUCGUGUACUGAGACCUUUGCGUGCCAUCAAUCGAGCCAAAGGAUUAAAACAUGUAGUUCAGUGUGUCAUUGUAGCCGUGAAAACUAUUGGAAAUAUAGUGUUGGUGACAUGCCUACUGCAGUUUAUGUUUGCAGUAAUAGGAGUGCAGUUAUUCAAGUACGUAGUAAAAUGCGUGAUUGUAGCCAUUAAGACAAUUGGCAAUAUUAUGUUGGUUACAUACAUCCUUCAAUUCAUGUUCGCUGUCAUAGGAGUUCAGCUUUUUAAGGGAAAAUUUUAUCGUUGUUCGGACUUAUCUAAAAGUAAAAAAGACGAAUGCGAGGGCUUGUACAUGAGUUAUAAAUCCGGAGAUAUCGAAGAGCCAAAAAUCGAACAACGAGAAUGGGAGAAGCCACCUUUUCAUUUUGAUGAUGUACUAAACGCUAUGCUCACCUUGUUUACCGUUUCAACUUUCGAAGGAUGGCCAAAUUUACUAUACGCCGCCAUUGACUCAAAUGAAGAAAACGUGGGACCAAUGCACAACUAUCGACCAAUCGUGGCUGUUUAUUUUAUAAUCUAUAUUAUUAUUAUUGCAUUUUUCAUGGUCAAUAUUUUCGUGGGUUUUGUCAUCGUUACAUUUCAAAACGAAGGAGAACAAGAAUACAAAAAUUGCGAACUGGAUAAAAAUCAGCGUAACUGCGUUGAAUUUGCUCUAAAGGCAAAACCAGUACGACGCUACAUUCCAAAGCAUAAAUUUCAAUAUAAAAUAUGGUGGUUUGUCACGUCGCAGCCGUUCGAGUACACGAUUUUCAUGCUAAUUGUAAUGAACACCAUAACGCUGGCGAUGAAAUAUGAUAAAAUGUCCGACGAUUAUGUCGGUUUUCUUGAUAAAAUGAAUUUGUUUUUCACCGGGGCGUUUGCUUUGGAGUUUUUAUUCAAAUUAGCUGCGUUUAGAUUUAAAAAUUAUUUCGGUGAUCCUUGGAAUAUAUUUGAUUUUGUGAUUGUGUUAGGCAGUUUUAUAGAGAUUAUGUUUGCUGAUUUGGGAGUCAACGUCAAAGAUACAGCUAUACCAAAUGAAGGAUACAGUAGCAGUUUCUUGAGGCUUUUUCGAGUUAUGCGUUUGAUUAAAUUACUAAGCAGAGGAGAAGGAAUACGUACACUUCUGUGGACGUUUUUAAAAUCGUUCCAAGCGUUGCCUUAUGUAGCAUUAUUAAUCGUAAUGUUAUUUUUCAUAUAUGCUGUGAUCGGUAUGCAAAUGUUCGGUAAAAUUAAAAAAGGUGAGAGCGGGGCUAUCUUUCGAAAUAAUAACUUCCAAUCAUUUCCCGAAGCGUUAUUAGUAUUAUUUCGGUCAUCUACAGGUGAAUCUUGGCAAAGUAUAAUGUUAGAUUGUGCCGAGCAUACUGAUGACAAAGGCGACAUGUGCGACUACGAAACAGAAGCGAAUAGUACCACCAUUCAAGAUAAUUCUUGUGGCUCAAACUCCGCAUACGCUUAUUUUAUUUCGUUUUAUGUUCUAUGUUCAUUCCUGAUUAUUAAUCUUUUUGUUGCUGUCAUUAUGGAUAAUUUCGAUUAUUUAACCAGAGAUUGGUCCAUCUUAGGUCCGCAUCAUUUAGACGAAUUUGUGAGAUUAUGGAGCGAAUACGAUCCGGAUGCUAAAGGACGUAUAAAGCAUUUAGAUGUUGUCACCUUGUUACGUAAAAUAUCACCUCCUUUAGGGUUUGGCAAAUUGUGCCCUCAUAGAGUAGCGUGUAAAAGACUGGUGUCCAUGAAUAUGCCUCUAAAUAGCGAUGGAACGGUUCUAUUCAAUGCUACUCUGUUUGCUGUGGUUAGAACUUCGUUGAAGAUCAAAACGGAUGGUAACAUAGACGAAGCAAACGCCGAAUUACGAGCUGUAAUUAAGAAAAUUUGGAAACGAACCAGUCCUAAAUUAUUAGAUCAAGUUGUUCCGCCUCCUGGAAAUGAUGACGAAGUCACAGUUGGUAAAUUUUAUGCUACAUUCCUUAUUCAGGAUUAUUUUCGACGGUUCAAGAAAAGAAAAGAACAAGAAUUACGAGAAGGAGACAAAGAAUCUCACGAUACAGUUACCUUACAAGCUGGCCUUCGUACAUUGCAUGAUGUAGGACCUGAAUUAAAACGAGCUAUUUCUGGUAAUCUCGACGAACUUAUUGAUGAUAACCCGGAACCAUCUCAUCGAAGGAAUCAUUCUUUAUUUGGUAACGUGUGGUCAUCUGUGAAACGAGGAACUGAACAUUUUCAUAACCGUCCACUGUUCAAAGCUCCGUCCAAACCAUUUUCAGAAUACUCAUCCUCGAUGCCAUUAACUAAUUCCGAUGGAAUAAAUUACAUUUCGAGGGAAAAUUUCAUUUCAAAUUUCAACAGACCGAAUUUAAGUUUUAGUAAUUCGCAAGCAUUCGAAGAAAUUCCAUUAUCGUUUAGAAACAACAUGUUGUCGAGAUUACAACAGAAUAAUAUGGUUGUUGUGGAAGUCGAAUACCAUUCUCCACCUCAAUGCUUAACUGAUAAAUCACUUCCUCCGUCACCCGUUGCCAAUGGGUUAGCGGUAGCACAGCAAAUGGCAUCUGCUGUAGCUGGAAUUGAGUUUCGAAAAAAAGAAACACCUAUUAAACACCGCGCUUCGUUUCAUGGAAGAGGAAACCAAAAAGAAAUUUUAAACGGCGAUAUUCCUUCCGAACGCCACUCAUUAUCACUGCCAGGCAGUCCGAUAGAACAUAAAUCAUUUUCAGGAGUUGUAGGAUCUGCUGAAAGUUUAGUUGGAAGGGUACUCGCUGAGCAAGGUUUGGCGAAAUAUUGCGACGAAGAUUUUGUUCGAUAUACUUCACGAGAGCUUCAAGAGGCCUUGAAUAUGACCAAAGAAGAAAUUGAUCGAGCUGCUCAUCGUAUUUUACUUCAAGAACAGAUGAAAGCUGCUCGGAGGCAUGAAUCUGAUCAUAUGAAUAUUUAAACGUUUUCCGCCUAUUACUUUGUUAUAGGUACCUAAGUACUUUCGUCUGGUAUAUUAUUUUAUUAUUUUACUAAAUACAAGUUGAUGUUUUAUUUUCGUAAA